UAAACACAAGUCCUCCUGUUGAUCUCUCGUUCAUCAAAAAAACCCUAGAAAUUCAAAAUCAAAAUGUCAGACAACAUACCAUUCGAAAUUCAAGAGGAAAUCAUGAAAAGGCUGCCUGUGAGAUCCUUGAUUCAGUUCCGAUCGGUCUCCAAAGCAUGGAAGUCUCUCAUCGAUAGCUCUCGUUUUAUUACCAAUUAUAACAACCAACAGAAACAUAUACUUGUAAGGUAUCAUCAUGUUGGUUCAGUUCAUUCUAAGGAAAAAUAUGUUUCAAUUGUUGAUGAUGAUAGUUUCCCCCACCAGAGAGUUUCCGUUACUCUUCCUCUAUGUGUUAGGAUACUUCAAGAUUAUUAUUCAAUCGGCAGCUCUCAUGGCCUGUUGUGUUUCUACGGUCUUUAUCGUGAUUAUUAUGGUCCCAAUACCAAAACCGAAAAGGUUGUUCUUUGGAAUCCUUCUAUUAGAAAAGCAGCUGCUUUCGUUGUGCCUAAUUCCGGAGAUAUGUAUGCAUAUGGAACUGUACUAGGUUUUGGGGUUUGUCGUCAGACUAAUGACCCUAAGAUUGUCAAGAUCGCAUAUAUGCAUAGUUGGGAGGAGGAUAUGGAAAUCCCAAGGCAAGUUGAGGUCUUUACGUUAAGCACGCGUUCUUGGAGAAGUUCGUACGGCACAAAUCUUCCUCGUAAAUCAAUUGAAUUUGGCUGUGAUGGACGAUGUAUAGAUGGGUUUUAUUAUUGGCUUGCUACUGAUAGGAGUACUAUAGAUGAUGAUCUUUGGGCUUAUAAUCUGAUUAUUUCAUUUGAUAUAACAAGUGAAGAAUUUAGGGAAGUAAACCUACCGGAUAGUUUGGUAUAUGACGGGUCUAAGCAUGAUUUGUCCUUCUCUAGUCUAAGGGAGUCUCUUGUUGUGCUUAGACGCAAUGAGCAUGAUGAGAAUGUUGUUGAUGUUUGGCUGAUGGAGGAUGGGGUAUCGAAACCAUUUACAAAGCUAUUCACUAUUUACUCGCCAAAUGCAGUAUUAUAUUGCGUAUGGGAAUUUAGGAAGAGUGGUGAACCUGUGUUUCUACCUGUAGAUAAUGACGCUGACCUGCGUAAAGUCCCAACCCCAUUACGGAUUGCUGUUUAUGAACCCAAAUCAAAACACAUCAGUAAUCUUGAUCUUGGGAUUAAUGGCGAAUGUUCAUUUGAUGUGUAUUCCUACGUGGAAACACUACUUCUGCAUGAUCUGCCAACAUUCUACGGUUUUUAACAAAGGUAAAGGCUACAUUGCAAAGGCUUUUGAAGCAUACAAGCAAGGUAUAAUAAACUAAUAGCUUAGAAACAAACACUUCUGGUAAUGAACUAUUAAAUUCCUUUGGCCAUUCUACUAUUCAGUGAAAUGAAAUGUAAUGCAUCGUUUUAGCAUCUUUGCUCUUUUUAAUACGCUGUCUAUUUCAUCCUCCAAGCCAAGAUUAAGUUGAACAAAAAAAUGAAAGAACAAACCUCAUAUUGCUUGCUGUAAUG